CGCCCUUAUGUGCGUGACUGCAGCGCUCAUCAGCUCACUGAGUUAUGGGAUAUUUCUUCAGUGCGUCACCUGAACUGGGAGGGGGUGUAGUCACGUGACCGAGAGAGGGGGCUGAACUUUUUCUUUUUUUUUUUUGUGAGAAGUUUGCAGGAUGUUGCUGAGGGAGAUUUGGAGGAAGGAACCCAGGCUUGUGGGAAUGUAAGGACCGUGCUAAGGCACUUCAGGCUGGUCGUGUGCUCUCUAUGUGGAAGACUGGAGGGUGACAACCUCAAAGGUCAGACCACACUGCUCCAAAGACCUGAUGGGUAACUUCACUAUCGAUGAUGCAUUUGAGAUGUCUAUUGAAGAUACCGGGGCCAGAUUUGGGGCUCUACAUUUUGGUGGGGAUAAUGAGACUCAGCAGAAUCGACACAAGUACAAGAACUUGGAGAAUGAUGAAGAAACAGAACAUGUGAAAAUUAAAGAUAUUAAUAUAGAAAGAGGUCUUCCGACACUUUCUUCUUGCAGCUCUCAGUGUUCAUUCAGCACUAUUAGCAACAGUACCCAGCUAUCAACACAAGGAUGCCUCAGCUGGACCAGACAUCCUCUUAUACAGAAGAAUAAGAAGGUUGUACUGUCGUCCUUUCUCCUCCUCCUUCUAGGAUUGGUUUUCGUGUUUGUAGGCGUGGGACUACAAGUCAGCCCGUCACCAGCUGUCUCCAGUGCCAUCUUCUUUGUGCCUGGUCUGCUAUUGCUGAUUCCAGGAGUAUACCACGUCAUAUUUAUAUACUGUGCUGUGAGGGGCCGACAUGGUUUCCAGUUUUUCUACCUCCCGUAUUUUGACAAGUGAUUCAACCAAAAACUUCUGACCUUCAACACACUGAAUGCCAAAACACUAUGGAGACCACUCAUUGGGAAUGGACCACUAGAGGGCAGUGCCCACGGCUGCUGCCUCUCUCAGUAUCACAUGCCACAAUGGAAGGAUCGAGGAUCUCCUUAACCUCUGUAGCCAAUAUUUCUGUGACACAUUUGCAGAAAUCUGCUUUUUAAUUUAAUGACAUGCAUAUUUUUACAUUGUUUGUAAGUGUUUAAUGGAUUGAUAAAGACGUAGAAAGAUUUUACUACAAAAAACUUGUAUGCACUUUAAUAGUAGUACUCAGAAUGCACAGUCACUGCAGGAGAUGAAUGUCCAGAGCUUUUCAUUUUUCCAUGAGCUUCAUAACUUAUCUUGACGACAGCAUCAUGACAAACUCUGAAAAAAAAAAAAAAAAACAGGAAAGAAUGACGGACGUUGUCUUGUCAGUAUUGGACGAGUUCAGCACUUCUCAGGGUAUGUGUGUCAGCAUCAAAAGGGGCUUCCAGGAUUCAAAAAUGUCUUAGAAAUGGUACCACUCCUGUCCGUGACCUAUCCAUGUGCUCAAAUGGGAAUGAUCUGCAAUACCAGGCACAGCCCAUGGACAAGAGGGGCACUGUUUCUUUGGGGGGGGGUGGAGCAAUUUCACUUUUUUUUUUUUUUUUUUUUUUUUUUUUUUUUUUUUUUUUUUUCCUUCUAAUCCUGGACAAGCCCUUGAAACCUCACUCUGGAUUUCGCUGGUACAUUUAAAGGGAACCUGUCAUCCUGAAAACGCAAUGUAAGGUGCAGACAGAAUAUUAUAGACCAGGAGAAGCUGAGCAUAUAGUUUUGUCGAAAAGAUUUAGUGUAAUUUAUCAUUUUA